UUAUAGGGGUCGUUAAUCAAUUAGCCUCUUAUAUAAAUUCCAAAACCUCAGUGACCCAUCCCCAAAAAGUCGAACCGAGUAAAGGAGCUGCUGCUAGGGUUUCUCUCCGUCUACUCGGCACCGCUCAAGCUUGUAUCGAAGAAUGUCUCGUGUGUACGUGGGAAACUUGAGUCCUCGAGUUUCCGAGGCAGAUCUCGAAGACGAGUUUCGUGUUUUUGGAAAUAUUAGAAGCGUGUGGGUUGCUCGGAGACCACCGGGUUACGCUUUUGUUGACUUUGAUGAUAUUAGAGACGCUGAGGACGCAAUCCGUGGAUUAGAUGGUAAGAAUAACUGGAGAGUUGAGCUUUCACACAACUCUAGAGGUGGUGGUGGUGGUCGUGGUGGAGGUGGUCGUGGCCGCUCUGGCGGUUCUGAUUUGAAGUGCUAUGAGUGUGGUGAGCCUGGGCAUUUUGCUCGUGAAUGCCGUCUACGUGGUGGUGGUGGUGGUGGUGGUGGAAGGCGUCGUAGCCGCACCCCUCCUCGCUAUCGCAGAAGUCCUAGUUAUGGUCGCAGGAGCUACAGUCCACGAGGGAGAUCCCCAAGACGUCGCAGUUUGACACCACGUGGGAACAGCCGCAGCAGGUCCCCACCGUACCGUGGGCGGGAGGAGUUGCCUUAUGCCAAUGGCAAUGGUCUGAAGGAUCGCCGCCGAAGCAGGAGUUAAGGAGUCCAUACAUGGCUACCUGGCGUUGUUUUAGAAGAUAUACUGGGAUUAAGUGUUGUUUAGUUUGCUUGGACAUCAGCACAACUAUGUUUAAAUUGGGGGACGCCCUCAGCCUCUACUGUCUCUCUGAUUUGGUUAAGUUCCUUCCUUUCUUAA